UUCUGGCGAACUGUUAAAGAAGUGGCCACUCGCUCAAGAAGCCUGCUUUGCUAGGAUAAAACUUCAUUCAUUUAUCGGUAUAUUGGGGCGGCUAUUCGAACUCUGCUUCGUCAAGUCGAUGUAGAAAUGGAAACGAAAAUGUGCGGGGGUUUGCCUGAGCUGGGGAUAUCGAACGGCGAGGACCUGAAAGAAACGCUCACCAACUGCACAGAGCCACUGAAAGCGAUCGAUCAAUUUCAGAUGGAAAAUGGCAUUUUGUUGCCAACUCUCCAGUCUGCUCUUCCUUUUCUGGAUCUACACGGAACACCUCGACUAGAGUUCCACCAGUCAGUCUUUGAUGAACUCCGUGAAAAGCUGAUGGAGCGAGUGGCUACGAUAGCUGAGGGCAAGGAAGAGGACAGAUAUGGGAAGCUUGAAGAAUUGCUGGAGAAAAGCUUUCCUCUUGUCAAAAUGCCAUCCAUUCAACCAGUGGUGAUGCAGGUGCUGAAACAUUUACCCAAGGUACCUGAGAAGAAGUUGAAGAUGGUCAUGGCUGAUAAGGAGCUUUACAAGGUGUGUGCUGUGGAGGUGAAAAGGCAAAUAUGGCAGGACAACCAGGCCCUAUUUGGGGAUGAGGUGUCACCUCUCCUGAAGCAGUAUAUUGUGGAAAAAGAAGCAGCUCUAUUCAGCAGUGAUCUCUCUAUUCUGCAUAAUUUCUUCAGCCCAUCUCCAAAAAUGCGACGUCAAGGCGAGGUGGUCCUGAAGCUGACCCAGAUGAUUGGGAAGAACGUCAAGCUUUAUGAUAUGGUGUUGCAGUUUUUGCGAACACUCUUCCUACGGACACGAAAUGUCCAUUACUGUACUCUCAGAGCAGAACUGCUAAUGUCUCUUCAUGACUUGGACAUCAGUGAGAUCUGUUCUGUUGACCCCUGCCACAAGUUCACAUGGUGCUUAGAUGCCUGCAUUCGAGAGAAGUUUGUGGAUGGAAAGCGGGCCAGAGAGUUGCAAGGGUUCUUAGAUGGAGUCAAGAAAGGACAAGAGCAAGUCCUUGGCGACCUGUCUAUGAUCCUGUGUGACCCAUUUGCUUCCAACACCAUGGUGCUGACUAUCAUGCGAAACCUGCAAGAGCUUCUUAGCCAGGAUGCUUUACCCAGGGACAGUCCUGAUCUGAUGUUGCUUCUGCGGAUGCUGUCUCUCGGACAGGGAGCGUGGGAUAUGAUUGACAGCCAAGUGUUCAAAGAACCUCGUUUGGAUUUGGAACUAAUGACCCGCUUUCUGCCUGCCAUGUUGUCGGUGGUUGUGGAUGACCACACUUUCAGCGUGGAGCAGAAACUUCCCAGUGAAGAGAAGACCUCACUCUCCUAUCCUACCACUUUGCCAGAUGCUUUUACCAGAUACAUGCAGGAGAACAGAGUGGCCUGUGAAAUGGGUCUCUAUUACAUUCUCCACAUCGCCAAGCUGAGAAACAAGAAUGCCUUACAAAGGUUGCUACCUGCCCUAGUGGAGACCUACAAUGACAUGGCUUUUGGUGACAUUUUCCUGCACUUGCUAACCGGACACCUCACGCUGCUCUCCGAUGAGUUUGGAGGAGAAGAAUUUUGUUUGGUUGUCUUUGAUGGCUUCCUAUUGACGACUUUUUCCAGUAAAGAGAACGUCCAUAGACACACGCUACGUAUGCUGCUGCAUCUCCACCACAAGGUGCUGCCUUCACAUAUGGAAACUUUGAUGAAAACUCUGGAACCUCCGAAACAGAGCAGUGAUCCUGUGAAAGAGCUACACAGCCAACUCAUCGAGAAGAUAGAGGCCCAGAAGAAGAGUCCUCCACUGCCAGAGGAAACGCCAUCCCUUGAUCUCAGCCUGCACCCUGUGAACGUUCCCACCGCUGCCUCCACCUCGACUCCGCCUCUCUGAGACAGAAGACACGUGGAUACAUUUGAAUUGAGGCUGGAUGUAACUGUAGGCCGAUGUUGACUCGGAAGACUUGGGCGUUUUAAACGUUUGCUUGUACGAUCGUUUUGUAUUGAGAUUUUUUUUUUCCUCUCUCCUCUCUCCCAGCUUUUGACUUUCUGCUUUGCCAUUGUCGCGAGCUAUUUUUGUAUUCAAGGGGAGAAACCGGAGCAUUGUCCGCGCAAAAUAACUUCCACCUUUGUGUGUUUCAGUGGAGUCACCGGUGCAAGAAAACAUAUAAAUGACAGCAAAUU